AUGGCAUCAUGGAGGAGCAAUCCAAGACCAAGACCUGGAGGACUUAGAGGUGAGGACAGUUUCCAAAGAAGGAAAACUGAAGAGACAGAAAACGGUCCUUGUGAAGAUUGUUUAACUGAUAAUGUGCAGACAAGCAAUCCAAGAGACCAAGAAAAUAAUCUACAGCAAAUCAUGAGGCCUGGCAUCCUUGUCCACAGACCAAAUAAAGAAAUGGAGGCCGCAUACUUGAAAAACAAUGAGGACAUAGAGGGCGGAGUGGAGGGCGAAAUACAAGAGGAGCCAGAUCCUGAGGGUCCUAAAGAGAACAGUCCAAAGGACACUGAUUUGCAAGGAGCACACAUGUCUGUCACUGGAACCCCUUCAGUUAUUGACAACAGCAAAAGACCUUUAAAAGGAGUGACGUUUUCUAGGGAAGUGAUUGUUGUGGAUCUUGGGGAGAAACACCCUGCACCGCAAAGCCAUAUUCAAGAACAUAAAGAGAGAAAAUGA